AGAGAACAGCUUAUAUUCAUAUCCCAGCCACGACAAACAAAUGCAAACUCAUGUUAUAAAUUAUUGGGAGAAACCCUUCAUGACUUGUGAAACAUUUUGUAGCAGACAGCGAAAUGAUUACUUUCAUCUUGGGACCAAAUAGAAAAUGAUAACAGCUCGUCAUGAGCGCUGAUAGAAACAUGAACUGGGUUCUUCCCACUGGGGACCCGGAGAAAGGGAAAAUGCUGUAUGCAGAAAUAUGUGCUUCAUGUCACUCUGUGGAGCCCGGUAGAACGGACCGGUCGGGACCAAAUCUAGCGGGGAUCUGGGGGCGCCAGGCAGGGACCCUACCCGGCUAUAAGUUCGCUGAAUCUGACGAAAAGAAAGGUAUAACAUGGUAUGACAGGAGUCUAUGGGAUUAUUUUGAGCGUGGUCAUAUACCUGGGACCAGGAUGUUCUUCCGAGCCUUGCAUAGGAACCAUCAGAAACGAGCAGAUCUCUUAGCAUACCUCAAGAUUGCUUCAUCUCCUCAGAAGUGAAGCUCAAACGUUGAUCCGCUGUGCGCCCGAAUAGACCUUAAAAGCAUGCGACGUCAUAAUCGCAUGUAUAUAGCGCCCUCCUUUAGAGGAUCCCGGAAUACGGGUCUCAACGAAGUUGUCCAAGGUGCUCCAGCUAUUAUAUGAUCACCAACUUACGCAUGUUCCACUGGUCUAAAACAUUUCACAUAGACUCGUGUGUUAAAGUGGCAUAUCAUAACAAAAUAAGAAUGGAAUUCGGGUGUCGAAUGUUUACUACCAGUGGGUGGCAUGCAUACAGUGGCGUAACUACGGGGGGGGGGCAUGGGGGGGGGGGGCACGUGUCCCCCCCAAUCGGCUGACAAAAAAAAACGGGCAAAAGGAGAAAAAGAGGAAGAAAAGGAGAGAAACGUAGUAGGAAAGAAGACAUUAUAAUGUUAUAUUACAUAAUAAUUAUGUUAUGUUACAUUACAUAACAGACAUUUUCGUCAUAACUUUAUGAAACAUAAUUUGCUCAGGGCCUAUGUCUUCAUUGUUCCUGGUGCUCGCAUUGUCUGCUUUACGAGAUAUAUAAUCCUGUUGUACUAAAACCUCCCGUUUUCAAGUCAAUAUACACCAAAUAUAUUUCCUCGCACUUCGAGUUAUUGUUUUAUGUAGUGACAUAUGCUUCUUUUUCAUGACUACUUAAAGUGAUUGCCCCAUGUUAAGGUCUUAAUAAAAAAACAUUUCCUGUCCGCGAUUACGUUCGCAUUAGUGGAUUGGUGAGAUAUGUCUGCCCUCCAUGAAUUCCUAAAAUCAGUCCUUAAAAUGUUCCUUUUUCUCAUCUGAAUAUCAAAAAUUUUCGGCUCGCGCUCGCAUCAAUUGGUUAGUGAAAUAAGUAUGGUCUGAAUGCCUACAAGCAAGCAUUAGAAUACCCCACUUCUGGUCUGAAUUAUCUAAAUUUUCAGCUCGCGCUUCUCGCUCGCAAUAUUUGAUUAGUGAGAUGCGUAUGAUUAUCAUGAUUACAAUGACUACAAAAAAGUGCUUCAUGUGUUUAGAUGUUAUUCUAACAAACUUCAAUUAGAUGACUAUGGUGAGAUAUGUGCACUCUUAAUGGAUUCCUAAAAUAUAGUCCUUAAAAUCUCCCUGUUUGGGGUCAAUAUAUACAAAAUUUUCAGCUCGCGCUUCGCGCUCGCAUUGUUUAGCAAGACAGAUAUACGUAUUAUGAUUACAAAAAUUUGAUUAUAAUGUCCCUUAUUAGGUCUGAAUAUGAAAAAUUUUCAGCUCGCGCUUCGCGCUCGCAUUAUUUGGCCAGUGAGAUACAUAUAUCCGUUCAAUGGAAUUGUCCUUAAAAUCAGUGUCUCUAUUAGGUCAGUACACCUGGCUACUGAGCGCGCUUCGCGCGCUCACUAAGUGACUCAAAAUUUUUGCUGGUGCCCCCCAAUGCCGUGACCCACGGUACGCCACUGCAUGCAUAUCUGACAAUCCAAGCCAGGUCUCUCUACCGAAGCGGGGGGGGGACGUGUCCCCCCCUAAAUUUUAGGUGGGGGGGACGAUCCCCCCCUAAAUUUUUUUUUGAUAACCUUUUUUUUUUUUUUUUUUUUUGCUUGUCAAUUUUUUUUUCCUGCGUCCCCCCCUAAAAUUUUUGGUUGAUAACCUCUUUUUUUUUUUGCUUGUCAAAAUUUUUUUGUGGUCCCCCCCUAAUAUUUUUGGCUUCCGCCGCCAAGAAUGAAUAUCUCUUGGCUUCCUGUUGUUAAUAGGCCCGUGCGACCCACAAGCAAUGUCCACAAGGCAAUACACUGACUUCUACGAUGGCGAACGAUGACGUCGCGAUGAUGUCAAGUCUAUUUGGAAUUCCGACUACCUUUUGUCCGUCGCAGGAAAAAAAAUUGAUAUUAAUUUAAAGAGAAUAUCAAAAUAAUCAUGAAGAAAAAAAUUUAAUCGACAUUGGAUGUUAAAUACAAAAGUUAUGUUAUUUUUAAAGUUUCGAUUGUUUUUUUCUAAAACAAAACUUUUUUUUUUAAUCUGAUUACUCUGUAAAUUAUCCGUCUUUUAACAAAUUCAAUGGAUGUCUUAUUGUAUUGUAUUUCAUUGAGUUUUUGAAACUUAGGACGAAGCUGCUGUUCCGGCUCCCCAAUUUUCGACAAAGACUUCCCAUCUGUUCAUUGUCAUUUGACAAGUAUUUUUGAUAUAUUUACCAGAAUUUGUUGUGCAUGGCAAUGUGAAAACUUGCUUCCAUCAUGCCGACUUAAAUCGUUAUUAGCGAGUUUUCGCAUUUGCAACGGGGACAGAUUCUACAACAUAGUAAAUAUAUUAAAUAUGCCGGUCAAAUUUCAAUGAUAGGCUAAGAGGUCUUUGUAGAAAAUUGGCGAAACGUGACAGCUGAUCGUCGUAAAAUUCUGAACGAAAAUUUGCAAAUAUGUCGUUUGUCCAGAGUCAUGGACGACCCUGCUGUUUUGAUUCACCGAUUUUUGACAAAGCCUUCUUUGUCAUGAAGGGCUUUUGACAAUAGAUUUUCUACCUUCCAGUUAGCGUCUGUGUAGUAUAGUGUACUAGUAGUUUCGAAAACUCCCUAUUAUAUCAACGUGGCGAGAUACGUAACAUCGUCAAAUUGACUUGUCAUAAGUUGUAUGUCGACGAGCUGAGAUGCGUUAUCUCGUAAUGAUGGGAUUAGGGAGUUUUCGUAUCGCGACGCACAACAAAGAACAGAAAAACGCAGCAAAUGCAUUGACAUAACAAAGUACUAUAACAUUGUAAAUGACCAGCUAAGUGGUCUUUGUCGAAAAUUUGUGAAUCGGAACAGCACUUUUGUUCUACAUUUCGGAGCAGACGAAAAAUUGUAAACAUAUCGUUUUUCCAGAGUCCGGGAUGAAACUGCGAUUCACCGACUCUCGACAAAGUCUAACUCGUCGUCAUGAACGGUAUUGCUGUGGACCUACUGUAGCCAAUAUGAAACCAUGUUAGUUACACGAACUCAUUUCAAAUACAAAGUUUAUUGAUAUGCAAGUAAAUCCUGACAUUCAAGGUUUAUCAUGAAAACAAAUCAAUAAUCUAACAGAAGCCAAUAAGGAAGCAUAGCGGCAUAACUAGUAAAGAAAAACGACAAAGCAUUUAAUUCAAAUUGACACAGAUGCAAUAAGAAAUUCAUCAAUCGAUACAAGAUUAUUCCCCUAUCACAAUAUGCAAUAACUUGGAUGAAUGUUAUCAAAUAUAUAAUCAUAAAUAUAUAGAUACAAAAAUCAAGUUAUUGCUUUUUAUAUGUUUAUUAAAAGUCCCAAUUUUUCGACGAGCCUUCGUCUUCCUCAUGACAAUCAGAAGACAAAGACGAUAUAUAUUUGGCAAAAAGCAUUAUAAACUAUUAAAAAGCAUUGAAAAGCAUUAAAAGCAUUAUUAACUGGAUUUGUCUUGUUAUCACACGCAUAAUCUAGCUGGUCAUAAUAUUUAUUCAUUACAGGCAAAGUCAGGCAUUGUAAUGGAGAUGAAACCUUGCAAUUAAUUAACACAAAACGUAAUUGUAAAAAAAAUAAAAUUGUAAUGCAAAGCAUUGUAAUCAGUUUGAAUACAAUUAAAUCAAUUUUAAGACCGCUAAAAUCGAUUGUUUGUCUUAUGUUUAUUAAGAAUGUCGAGCAUUGAAAUCAAGUCUUAAAUAGAAUAUACGUGCUAUGUCACCCGGGCCCCGUCUUACAAAGAGUUACGAUUGAUCCAAUCAGUCGUAACUCUUUGGAAAUCCAUUAGUGUGAUACUUUUUUUACAGGAAAUUUGCAAAAUGUCCAAUGUAAGUAAAGAAGAACACACCUAAAUUGUGUUUAUGUGAUUUGCAAUCACCUAUUAAUCAUUUGUAAAUUUUGUGAUUUAUUUCAAUUUGUAUAAUAAAAACAGAAUUAU